AAAACUAUUCAGUUAACCCGGAUCCUUUUUAUACUUUUUGUUUCAUGUAUUUAUUUCUGUGUCUUCCGUUCCAAGUUUAAGGUUUAUGUUUUACUGACGCGAAUUUACCAGUGUCGUUUAUUGUAACUUAAAUUGCCGAUUGUUGGCCAUUAGCUUCAAUAAACCAAAGAACCUAAGUAAUCGACCAUGGUCCAAGAAAGCGAACUCGCAGAAAAAGAAAAGGCGGAGGAAAAACGUUCUCGUAAAAUCAGUAUUAUCCUGCCCGACGAUGAAAAUAAAAAGAAAUCCCAUCUUAAAGAUGACGUAACUUUGCGUAAUAAAGAGAGUGUUACGUCAUACAGCAUUGUUAACGCGUCAUCAAGAAGACGCAGUUCGGGAAUCUCUGUCCAAACAUCUUCUUACGGACGAAGGAAAUUAUCAACCAAGUCGUUAGGUGUCGCCAAAGAGCGAUCGGAAAUUGAAAGUGAUUGUUUUGCACGAAAGGGUUCAUCAGGGACUUCCCCUACACUGCCCGGGUCACCCCGGUCGUCCACUUGGAGCGCCAGAGAGCGCAUGGGUAGCACAGUGUUAACCAAGAUACCGAUCGUGUCUUACCGACGUUUGGAGGUGGCGGGGAAGAAACAAAUGUUGUCGUAUACCGAUAUAAACAUAAUAAGGAGACAGAUGCGAAGUCAGAAAGAGGAAAUACAACGACAAAGGUUUAGAAGGGACUACAAGCGCACCACUAGCGACAUCUACCGGAUGCAAUUAGACCGCACCGAAAACCUCACCGAAGAAAAUGAACUUUGCUUCAAGGCAGCUUGCGUUACCUACUUGGGGACUUCCCCAGGAGCAAGACGAGCUGUGGCUGCCCAACUUGAUUGAUGUGACGUCACAAAGUUAUAUUGGGGAUGUUUUGUACACGUCAACAUUAAUGACAAUGUUUGAAUAAUAGGUUAUGAUGCCAUUUUAUGUGAAAUAUAUCACCUAGAUAUUUUAAA